UAUGCUUCAGUCUUGUGUGGAAUAUUUUCCCAGAACUGUGACUGUUUGGCCGCUGCUGUUUUGAAGCUGUCAGCAGUUAUUUUCUUAGAUAAUAACACAUUGAAACUGGAUUGGAAAGGACACUGGGAUAAUUGAAGCGGAAUUUUAAUGAGGCAGCAAAAUGAAAGGACUGAAGAAAAUACGUAAUCCGGAUCGAAUGUACAGAACCGCCGUCGGUUACACCGGCCACGUUCCUCCUAAGAGUGUCAGCGAUGACACAGACAACAACAAUGAACAUGGACAUUUGAAAAUCUAUCUGCCCAAGAAGCUUCUGGAAUGCCUUCCCAAAUGCUCCUCCCUGCCCAAGGAGAGACAUCGCUGGAACACCAACGAGGAGAUUGCAGCCUACUUGAUAACGUUUGAAAAACAUGAAGAGUGGCUGACGACGUCCCCCAAAACCAGGCCGCAGAAUGGGUCUAUGAUCCUCUACAACAGGAAGAAGGUGAAGUACAGAAAAGAUGGCUACUGCUGGAAGAAGAGGAAAGAUGGGAAAACCACGCGGGAGGAUCACAUGAAGCUCAAAGUGCAGGGAGUCGAGUGUCUGUAUGGCUGCUAUGUCCACUCCUCCAUCAUUCCCACGUUCCACCGCCGCUGUUACUGGCUGCUGCAGAACCCUGACAUUGUACUGGUCCACUACCUGAACGUGCCCGCCAUUGAGGAUUGUGGGAAACCAUGUGGGCCCAUCCUGUGCUCCAUCAACACAGAUAAGAAAGAGUGGGCCAAAUGGACCAAGGAAGAGCUCAUCGGGCAGCUCAAACCCAUGUUUCAUGGCAUCAAGUGGACUUGCAGCAAUGGGAAUAGCAGCACUGGCUUCUCAGCAGAGCAGCUCGUGCAGCAAAUUCUGGACAGCCACCAGACCAAACCACCUCCCCGGACUCACAACUGCCUCUGCACGGGAAACCUGGGUGCUGGGAGCAGCCUGCAUCACAAAUGCAACAGUGCCAAACACCGUAUCAUCUCCCCGAAAGUGGACCCUCGCACCGGAGGCGCCUACAGCAGCACCCACUCCGAGGUUCAGAACAACGAUGUGUCCGAGGGAAAGACGGAGCACAGCCACGGCGGGAGCAAAAAUGGCAGGGCAGGGGGCGAUGGUGCUGGUGGAACGGGUGGCCGAGAGAAAAGGAACGGCAAGGUGCACAAGCCGGCGCUGCUCCACCAGAACAGCAUGGAGGUGUCCUCAACCAACCAGGUGGAAGUGCCAGAUACCACCCAGAGCUCACCUGUCUCCAUUAGCAGCGGGCUAAACUCUGACCCCGAUAUGGCCGACAGUCCUGUGGUGACAGGAAUGGGCCACGUAGCCUCUGUAAUGAACAGCCUGUCUCAGUCCGCCACUGUAUUCAUGUCAGAGGUCUCUGGAGACCCUGUCUAUAGCAUGUCCCCUACUGUAGACCCCAAUGCUCACCUCUUGGGUGCUGACACAGCCUCUAGCAGUCUAGUAUUAGCGGUGACAGCCGACAGUCACAAGUUUGCCUUUGCUGGAGCGGUGGGAGUGGGGUUGGCAGAUGCAGGGUCCACAGACGGACUUGCUAUGCUAUCUUCAGCCAGCGUGUCUGAAGAACUGGUGCUGUCUAGUAACCUGGAAGCUGGGAGUAUCAAGCUGCCCGAGACCAAUAUGAACUUUGACCCCGACUGCUUCCUCAACAACCCCAAGCAAGGUCAGACCUAUGGAGGAAAUGGGAUGAAAACCGAGGAGAGCAAUGGGAGCAGCUGCAGCAACGGAGGGCUGAGGUGUUCUCCACCACUCAACGACAACGGUUACGGUUUUAACCCCUCUCUGGUGAAGAACAUCAAGACAGAGGACACGUCAUUUGAACAGCAGCUGGCUAAAGAGGGUGGCUAUCAGGUUGGAGAAGUGGUGAGCGAUGCCGUCGGUAUCUCUGGUUCCUCAAGCAGUGGUUCUGGCCAAAACUCCCUGGCUCUGACGCCCACUGGUUCACUGCUGCCAUCUGGAGGUGGACUCAGUCCCAGCACCACACUCGAGCAGAUGGAUUUCAGCGCCAUUGAUGCCAAGCAAGACUACCCGUCCAGUGUUAUGUCAGCAGCAGGCUAUGGACAAGCUAUCUCCAGCUCUCACUUGGCCCACCAGGGUCAUUCCCCCAGCUUCUUUCUGCAAGGUUCUCCACAGUCCCAAACCCACCAGAACAACUCUGGUUCGACCCAGAACUCCCACGACUCCAAUGCCUACAUGGGUCUGUCUGUCGUCAAGACAGACUCGACGGGAACCAACGGACAUCUCCAUCACCAUACCCACCCCAGCCAGCACACUGCCUCUAACUGCAACGGCGGCUCUCCAAACGAACGGAAUGGACAGGCUGGGUCGCUCCAGCUUCUGCAGUAUCAGAACCGCUUUCAAAACCCAGGGCAGGAGCAUGAAGAAGUGGGUGGUUUGGAACAGCCAGCAGGACCAGAACAAGGAGGAGGCGGCGUCCAGGAGAAGGACUCCGAUUGUUUGAUGAAACCAGGGGACCACUUGCAGCCUGGUGGAGGAGGAGAAACCGAGGGUGUAGGGGGUGCAGAGCACUACCUUCAGCAGCCAACAGAAGGUGGUGGAGUCGGGCAGGGAUCUGGAGGAGCGAGCGCAAGGCCAGAAAGUGGAACUCUGUGCAACGACACCGAGGGAAAUGGAACCACCAACAGCACCCAUCAACAGCUCCAGCCACUCCUGCAAGGAGCCGGUUUGGUGCAGGGGCUUUUCAGCACCGUAGGGGCCCACCAGAGCCUGGGCAGCAGUGGAACCAAUGGAGGAGGCUCCAUGGAGAUCAACCUGGACCAUUUUGAUGUUUCCUUUGGGAAUCAGUUCUCAGAUCUCAUCAAUGACUUCAUUUCGGUGGAGGGCGGAAGUGGUACGGCAGUAGUGCCGGGCGGCAGUGCUCUCUACGGUCAUCAGCUGAUGACCCAUUCAGGAACAGAGGGGCAGGUCUCUUCUGGAACUGCUGCGCAACAAGGUGCAGACGAAGGAGCUCAUGGGGCGAGAGGCUACAAUUCUUCGGACCUCUGCCUGCAGCCCUGUUGCAGCCCGCAGUCCACGCAGGCUGGGGCGGUGGCAGGUGAGGCAGGACAGCUGUCGUACAUGCAGGUGGCCGAGGCUGUGUCGGCAGCUGUGGCGCACGGGAACAUGGCAAUGUUACAGGCUACCGGAAGGCUGUUUGUGGUGACGGACUAUUCUCCAGAGUGGUCUUAUCCUGAGGGUGGGGUGAAGGUUCUGAUCACCGGUCCAUGGCAGGAGGCCAGCAGUGAAUAUACCUGCCUGUUUGAUCAGAUAACAGUUCCAGCCUCCCUCAUCCAGCCCGGGGUGCUACGCUGCUACUGCCCAGCUCAUGACACGGGCCUGGUGACCCUGCAGGUGGCAGCCAGCAGUCAAAUCAUCUCCAACUCAGUGGUGUUUGAGUAUAAAGCCCGUGCCCUGCCUGCCCUGCCCUCCUCUCAACACGACUGGCUCUCACUGGACGAUAACCAGUUCAGAAUGUCCAUCCUGGAACGCCUAGAGCAGAUGGAGCGAAGGAUGGCAGAGAUGGCCGGUCAGCAGCAACAGGGCGGUGGAGGACCAUCUGAGAGCGGAGGAACCGGAACAGGAGGAGGAGAAGGAGGAAGAAGCAAUUCGGAACAGGCACAGUUCUCACCAGGUCAGAGUCAGAGCCAGGGUCAAGGUCCGGCUGGCAGCUCUUUUGAGAGCCGUGUAGUGGUAGUUUGUGAGAAGAUGAUGAACCGCGCCUGCUGGGCCAAGUCCAAGCACCUGAUCCACUCCAAAACGUUCCGGGGCAUGACUCUUCUUCAUCUGGCAGCUGCCCAGGGCUACACCACCCUUAUCCAAACACUAAUCAAGUGGCGCACUAAGCAUGCAGACAGUAUUGACCUGGAACUUGAGGUUGAUCCUCUAAACGUGGAUCAUUUUUCUUGUACCCCACUAAUGUGGGCUUGCGCUUUGGGUCAUAUGGAAGCAGCAGUGGUUUUGUAUAAAUGGGAUCGGCGAGCUUUGGCCAUCCCAGAUUCUUUGGGUCGCUUACCGCUGGCUAUAGCCCGAUCCCGUGGCCACACUAAGCUGGCCGAGUGUCUGGAAAGCCUUCAGAGGGAGGAGCAGCAGUCAGGAGCACUGACUACAACUGCCAGCAUGCCUUUCUCACCAUCUACUGAGGCCUCAGCUGCAGAGGGAUGGAUGAAUGUUUGGGGUACGGAGACAUCUUCAGUUGGGCUGAAAGAAAGCAGCAUCCCUAGUUCUGCUUCCAGCACCAGCUUGGACUUGAGGAGACCCAGGUCGGAACCAUCCAGUUUCUAUAGCAGUGUUAGUCACGGGGACGCCCCAUUGAGCAAGAAACACAAACCCAACCCAGAGACCCUUCAAACUCGGCCCAGCAAACCCUGCUCUGCCCCUCUCGGACUAGAAGAACAGGCCCACAAGCCUAAAACGUGCCCUUCCAAACUGAGGGAAGGUACUGUGGAGAAAGAGCAGGGAGAUGGUGAGCAGUCUCAGACUAAGCUGGGCUCAACUUGUGGAGGUGGGCGUUGGGGUUCCAGACAGGCUGCGGGACGCAGAGUGCCAGCUGUAGGACUUGGCAAGGAAAGGCUCGCAAAUAGACUGAGGUUAAGAGAAAUUGCUAGCGCAGGAACGAUCUCUGAUCUGCGUACAAGCCAAGAGGAUCUGGAGAACACAGGAGACCUGCAGAACAUGAACAUGAUGACUUUAGCUGAGGAAGUCAUUGAGGCGACGUCUGACCGCAUCAAGAGGGAAAACUUUGUUGCAUCAGACACUACACUAGAUGGUGUUGGAGUCAGCAGCACUAUGAGCUGGUUGGCCAGUUACCUUGGAGAUGCAGAGAGGUUCCUGUUUAACAAGCCCCUAACUCACUCUCCUGGCCUGGCCCCAGUCCACGGUGGAGGACAGCCGGAACUCGACGGUCCUCUUGGGAAGCUUGGCUUUCAGUCCCCUGCUGAAUGGACUGCGCUUCUCAACGCCUCCCACAACAAGGAGGAGCGUGACCUGACCCAGCUGGCCCUGUCUGAUCCUGAACAGAGAGAACUUUACGAGGCAGCCCGCCAGGUCCAGAACACCUUCCGCAAGUACAAGGGUCGUCCGCUUCGGGAGCAGCAGGAACUGGCAGCUGCUGUCAUUCAGCGCUGUUAUAAGAGGUACAAACAGCUGACAUGGAUAGCCUUGAAGUAUGCACUUUAUAAGAAGAUGACGCUGGCCGCCAUCCUUAUCCAGAGUAAAUUCCGCAGCUACCACGAACAGAAGAAGUUCCAGCAGAGUCGCAGGGCAGCCGUGCUGAUCCAGCAAUAUUACCGCAGCUACAAAGAGCUCGGCCGGCCGAACCCACGCAGCCGAGCCACUGCAGCUGCACUGGUGCAGCACAAACUCAGAAGCAGUUUACUGACCAAGAGACAAGACCAGGCUGCCAGAAAAAUCAUGCGGUUUCUGCUGCGGUGCCGUCACAGCCCCUUGAUGGACCAUAGACUAUUCAAACGGGGCGAAAGAAUUGAGAAAGGCCAAGGAACAUGAGAGCGCCGCAAAGAGCCCCGUCGCAAUGUAACAUCUCCGAGCGGACUCUUUCUCUUCCUCUUCAUUGCGUUUUUACAAGAGACGAACAAUUUAUGAAAAAAGCAAAAAUUAUUCAAGAAGUGGAACACGGAAGAUCAUCGGAAAUGCGACGGUCGAACUCUAGCAGCGUUGUGACUGAUUCUGCUCCUGCAUUGUGUGUUUUCUCGCUACGGAUGAAUUGAAAUCAAGACUAUUGGGGAAAUAUGACAUUAUCUUCAUGGCAUUUUUGCACUCUUCAUAGUUUUUUUUUUUUUUUAGAUUACAAAAAAGGAAAAAAAUGAAAGAAGACCAAGGAGCAAAGGCUUUUUAUUCCGACGACGCUUGUAAAAUAUCACGCGACACGAACAGAUAGAAGGCAACAAAAAAAAAAAAACGUCAUGCUGGAAGCUGCUUCAGAUUACAUUUUUAUAUUUUGAAAGGAAAAAAAAAAUACAACAAUCAGUUUGGGAAAAAAAGAACAAAACCUAGAAAAUGUAAACCAAAAAAAAGGCCUCAUUUCAGUGACCAUAUGCAUGCAGAGUAUUUGAAAUCUCCACGAAUCUUUGUUUUUGCAAAUGCUGUCCGUUCAUUCAAAGGGAAGCCUUCAUAUGAAUGUAGAUGGGGUCAGGGCAAAAAUGCUGGGUUUGAAAUAUCAGUGUCUUACCUUUGUCUUUAUGGAGGUUAGGGGACUUCUGAUGACAACUUGGGGAACUGAAGCAAAGCCCUCUGGGUUACCUGUUUCGUGUGCACUGUUUUCGACUUUCUUAUGGGUCCUUUUCUUAAUGUCAUUUUUGCUGGCCUGACUUUGUGUGUCCCGUGUUUGUUGAAUUGAAUCUGGAUACAGUGCAUGUGUUUGAGCGAAACGCUCCUGCAUGCUGACGUAAAUGUUUUGUGUUUUAUUUUCAUUCAUUCAUAUUGGUGAUAUUGUGGCACCAUCAAACUAGCCCGUAUAAGCCCAGCCCUAUGUUGCCUGUUUGUUUCCAAAUAUAUUGUUAUAAAGACCAUUAUUUUUAUAUAGUUCAGUUAUUUAUUUUAUUUACAUGAUUGUUUUUUUUGCCUUUUGCAUUACUGCAUUGGUUUUAAAACCUUAAAACCUUUUAAAAGGUUUUAAAUAAUCUCCGGACCUUUUUUAAUGUGAAUUGUACUAUCAAUUGUGCCACAGCGCCAGACGUAUAUUUGCAAAGGUUAUCUUCCAUUUGUGUGUGUGUGUGCGUGUGUGUGUUGUGAUACGUUUCUUCAUUGUUACUGUUUGUUGAUUUCAAAGAGCUCCAGAAAGCCGCCACAAGCUUUCCCAUGGAGUUUCACUGAACAUUGCCUUGACUUCUUGACUUUUUGAAGGGUCCCUAUACAGAAGCUUAAAAAAAAUCCUUAUUUUUGACUAUUGAGUGGUCCCUGUACAUAUCGAAGAUGGGUGAAGGAACAUUGAUAGCCAGAAACUUUUUCCGAAGAGGAUUGUAUUUAAGAAUAUAUAGUAUUUUAUUCAUAAAUUGGAUUAUAACACAUUAAGAGACGAACAAAAAAAAUCUAUUGUAUAGUUUUCUUUGAACACCCAAGAUGUACGGUUGUAUUGUAUGUAAAUAUUGUAAAUAUUGGUUGCGAAGAAGGAGCCAUGUGCAUGAAACUUUAAGACAUUGAACAUAAUGUAAAGAUAAAAUGUAGUGGCAAUGGUCUGUAAUACGAUUUGAUCAACUUCACUAUAAGACUUUGUUGGAAAUGUUCUUUCACAGAAUAUUCUCUGAAGCAUGACAUGAUUUCACGAUAAAACCGUAGAUAUAGCGGAAGAGCCAAACAAAUCCGUCAGACACAACUGGAUCUUUCUUUUUCAGGGUUAGUGAGAAUUACCACUGGUGACCAGUCAAUCCAGUACUACAGGACAUAAAUAAGCUAUUCCAUUGAGAAGCAGAUUAUCACAGUAUUGGAAGAACUAGUAUUGAAUGAACAAACUUCACUCACGCACCCAACAGUUACAGCUAUGAUACAGAGGAUGAAAUGUCUCCACGGUUUUUGUCUUGUAUAACAUGACUAGAAAGUGUUCUCACAUUUUAUCAUCUACUUUAUCUCCACAUGAACAAUGGUAUUGGAUGGAGUUAGCAGGUUCAAAAGUAGGUCAUGUAAUUAAAAACGAUAUUGAUUUGAGGGUUGUGAAUGGUUAUUUCAAGCAGGCGAUUCCCACACACGUGCUUACAUGCCAUAUUCGAACAGGAAUCAAGCGAAUAAGGAUAAAUAUUGUGAAUGUAGCUCAAAACACUGAAUCUACAACUGCCAUGUGUUCAUAUUACUCUUAUUCAUAGCUUUAUUUUUAAUUUCUUCAUUUCUUGGGGGGCUGCUACCAACAUUCAAAAACCCCAUGGUUGAGUCACGCAAAAUCAUAUCGAUUUCAUUUGUACUUUUUUUGUUCUUUUAUGCUCACGUCAGCUAUAUGGAAUCAAGCGCCACAUCGUUCACAAAUUUCUCUGAAAAAGAAAUUUGAGACUAACCGACCCCCUGAAUUUCCAAAGCGAUUUCAGCUGACGAGAGGCAUCAUUUUAACUUACACCAGCACAUUUUGCCUGUUAAAAAAGGAAGGACGAGGAAAGAAUGUGGUGCUUAUCUGCUGAAUUAUAGUUGUAUUUCAAGUCCCCAUUGUUUUAGAAACAUUUUCCUCAUGAUCUCAGAGACUCAAUAUCAGUAUUAUUAUAGAAAGUGCCUAAACAUUCAACCAAUAUCAGGAGUGUGUUCCUAAAGAAGUCGAUAUGAACCAAUUGCUCUUUUUUUAAUGGUAUGCAACGCUAAAGGCUGGUUUUACUGUCCAAACAGGAGCCCAGGUCUAUUUCCUCCUCUCACACCCUUCUCACUCCUUAUACGUGGAUGCAGAGUAAAGGCACCUGCCAUUUUGUCCCCCACUCAUUCUCAGAUUACGUGUCCAAAAAUGAUGCUAAAGCGACCCAGUAACACUAUGCAUGCUUUCAUUAUUUCUUUCAUUUUGUGUACUUUUCUUUCUCUUUUCCAUGUCGGAUCUAAACUGGGCCAGGAAAGUAGGACGUGCUCGGUGAAGUUGGCGCAUUAUAUAAUAAUUUCAUCCGGAAACCAUUGCUAGAUUCAAGUCAGAGCACAACCGGCGAGUUGGUCCUUUAUAUUCAUCCAACAAUAAACUUCAGGAAAUUCUAAACGAGAGUCAGAAUUCACCAGGAAAAGCUGUUUAUGGAUCACCGGGUAUAUGUAUCUCAGUAACUUUCUGUUUGGGUCAUUCAUCUUGGGGGACUGAAAAAUCCGCCUCCCUUUUGUAGUUUUACUCAGGGUGCUAAAACAGGGAGAGGGUGUUUAGCAUGGAGACUAGUUUAGAUUAGAUUAGGUUAAGUCUCCAGGUUCAGCUCAGAAUCAACAGGAGUAACCACUGGGAUUAUGUACUUCCGUUUGUACGUUACUACAACGUUCACUUUGUUACAAACCACUGCUUUCAGAGACAGACUGUCACUCGGGUAACAGGAUAGACCGUGUAUGUUUAUAGAGUUUUUAGACCAUUUUUCCAAAACUGAGCAGGUAUCAUCGUUCGUGCAGGUAUCAUCGCUCAUUUAGUAUUACCAUAUCCCCAUGGGAUUGGGAAUGCAUGAUAAGUAUACCUCAGCGCCAAAUACCUUCAGAAUAAGGUGGGAGAUCCCGUCCUCUUACGAAACAGCUCAGUACACGUGCAUCCUACGUCUCGACCGGAUCAUGCUUUCUGUAUUUUUGCAUCAGAUAAGAGAAAUAUGCACUUUGUACAGCUCACCAUCCGAGUUUAAUUCCCUCUCUGAGCCCUGGUACGUUAUAAGCGUGUGCGUGUAUGAAAACGGAUGACCACGUGAGCACGCGUGAAGGUUUUAGCUGAGCGAGGGAAAACACUAUUGGUGCAGUUGGAAGUUUGUACGAUGUCCUAAAUCCUCUCUUUGGAACUCCGGAAAUGCAGGUUAGGCUUAAACUGAACCGAAAAACCACUCGAUUAUAAGCUUUUCACUUACAAGUACAGAGCAAUAAACACUUUGUUUUUUAGCUGAGCUCUUUAGGUUGAAGGAAUAUGGAUAAGUCAAACAUUUAAAAGAAGAAAAAAACAAACAAAAUUGGGACAUGCUUAGUUCACUUCCUCUUAUGCAAUUACAGGUACACAGAGAGAGGUGUUCAGUGGUCUGUGGACAUUGAUUUCAUAUUUCCCAGCCCUAAUGCACGUUUUCAUCAUUUUAAAAUGAAGAUAAGAAAAAAAAAAAAAAGAUAAAAUAUGAGCCCAUAUUUCUUACAGGGCAGUGGGCUUUCAACACUCUGCAUGUGAAGCUAGUAUUAGACCUCUGUUUUUCCCUCUAUCUCUCUCUCUUUCUCUUUCAUAUCUGCUUUGUGCCCUUCGUAUCCUCCUCCUCUGCCUCCUCCAAUGAGUUUUGCCUCAUGUUCUGUUUUCUCUGCUGUCUCCCUCUUUCUGUCCUUCUUGUGAGUUUUAUUUAUUUACUUUGAUUUAUUUUUUUUAUUUUUUUGUUUUGUAACUGUGCAUGUGAGAGCAUCACUGAAUUGUUGGAUAUGUUUUAAAAAAAUAAAUAAAUAAAUAUUCAGCUGCUGAAGCCAUGCAAAACAUUUUGAAUUGCCCUUAAAAUAUGGAAAAUGUUUUCUGAAUGCUUUAUAUAAUUUCUGCUGUAAAAUAAAAUCUUAAAAGAGA